AUGCGCGUCUCCUCUCUCCUCGCCCUCGUCUCGGCCGCCCUCGUGGCCGCCGCCCCCAGCCCCGUGCCCGAGGACGCCAACUCCUACGUCCUCGCUGGUCCCCUCCCGUACGAGGAGCUGAAGACCGAGGUCGCCAAGCUCAAGUCCGACGGCUCCAACGCCGCCCGCAGUCUCAACAAGCGCAUCUGCGAGGGCGUCUACAUGUGUGACGGACAGAACUUUAGCGGUUCCUGCUAUUACGGCUGCUACCCCAUCAGCGUCGGCAUCUACCCUGACUCCUACUGGGUCUCUCGUAUCAGCUCGGUAGGCCCUGACAGCGGCGGCUGGUGCGAUUUCUACCAAGCUGGCAGCGGCUGUGACGCCACCAAGGGCUCUCACCAAAUCUUUAGAUACCCCGGUGGCAACUUGGCUGGUGGUAUUGACAACAACAUGGGCUGCUUCUACUGCAACCCUAACUAG